UUGCACCAUGCCCCUGUCCAGACGGAGGGGGUGGGGGUGUCUGAGCCCAAGGAGGGUGUGGAUGCAGCUCUGGGAGUCAGUGGGGGCCACAGCCACAGCCACCAACACCUCCAUGCCUACAUCGGGGUUUCCCUGGUCCUGGGGUUCGUCUUCAUGCUGCUGGUCGACCAGAUAGGAAGCGCCCACGUACACAGCAGCGCUGACGGUCAGUCUGGGAACAGCAUGCGCGCACACACACACACACACACACACACACACACACACACACACACACACACACACAACACACACCACACACACACGGGGACACAGACACAGACGGGACAGGACAGAAAUAACAGUCAGUGUGGGUGGAGCUCACCACUCUCAGGGCCUGUUUCCCGGACACAGAUGAAGCCUAGUAGUCCUGAACUAAGAUAUGUUCAGUGGAGAAUCACCAUUGAAAGUGCUUUUCAGCCCAGGGUUAGGCUUAAUCUGUCCGGGAAACCAGGCCCUCAAGGUUCUACUUUUUUAAAGCAAUAUUUGUCCAUUGAGUGGUCUGUCUGAUUUGAUGUGUGUGUUUGUUUAGAUCCAGAAUCUGCGAGGGUUGCCAGUUCAAAGAUCACCACCACUUUGGGACUGGUGGUCCACGCAGCAGGUAAGAUGGCUUCAUUAUACAGUGUUUCAGACCGAGAUGUUUUAGGAAGAAGAGUGUGUGGAAGGCUAUGAAGGCUUGUUGGUGUUUUUUUUUUUUUUUUGUUGGUACGAUUUGAUAAAUGUUAUUUUAAACAAUACAAUACUCUACAUUCCAGCGGACGGAGUGGCUCUCGGAGCAGCUGCUUCCACCUCUCAGACCAGUGUUCAGCUCAUUGUCUUUGUGGCCAUCAUGCUUCACAAGGUACAAUGACAACCCCGUUCAUCUUAUCGCGCUCCAUGUUUUGUUUCAACACGUUUGUAGCGGAUGUCACUGUGUUGGUUAACAGAAUAGCUUCCUUCCUUUUUAAAAAAAAACAUUUUUAGUCAUUUAGCAGACGCUCUUAUCCAGAGCGACUUACAGUUAGUGAGUGCAUACAUUAUUAUUUUUUCAUACUGGCCCCCCGUGGGAAUCGAACCCACAACCCUGGCGUUUGCAAACGCCAUGCUCUACCAAUUGAGGUACAUCCCCUGCCGGCCAUUCCCCUCCCCUACCCUGGAUGACGCUGGGCCAAUUGUGCGCCGCCCCAUGGGUCUCCAGUUCGCGGCCGGCUACUACAGAGCCUGGAUUCGGACCAGGAUCUCUAGUGGCACAGCUAGCACUGCGAUGCAGCGCCUUAGACCACUGCGCCACUCGGGAGGUUUACUGUUGGUUAACAGAAUAGCUUUCCUUCCUCACUAGCCCACACUAUAACAACCUUUUAAAUUCACUAACAAUAUGAAACAACACAAAACAGAUAAAGGAACAACUAUGAGGUAAACAAUUAAAAAGUAACCAAUCAAUGCUAUUAUAAAGUGUGGGGGGGGAGGACUCCCCCCCCCCCCGUCUAGUAUGUAUACACAGGUGUUAGUUCAGUUGUAAUUCCUGUAAUUGGUCUGUAUGUUAAACUGUCUCUCUUUCCCCCCCAGGCCCCAGCUGUGUGUUUUUAAACACUGUCUCUCUCUUUCUCCCCAGGCCCCAGCAGCCUUUGGCCUGGUCUCUUUCCUGAUGCAUGCUGGUCUGGAGAGGAACCGGAUCCGUAAACACCUGCUGGUCUUCGCCCUGGCAGCACCCGUCCUCGCCAUGGUUACCUUCGUAGGACUCAGCCAGGUCAGUUGGGGGAGGGGGGGGGUCCCAUGAGCCAGUUACUAAUCCUCCAGGGCCCGGGUUAUUUUGGGGUUGGGUUUCCUCUUAAACUGUUGGGUUGGUUCACCACGAUGGGGGGGGUUUUUAACUGCUUUUUUUAGGGCCUAAAAUGAGGUGGGUUUAAAAUUAGGGGGCCUAAAAUUUGUUUUGGCUUGUUUUGAUUAUUAUUACUCUGUUUUUAAUCACUGUAUGGAGGUCUUUCCUUAUUAUUUAACAAAAUAUAUUUAGGUUUUAAUCUGUGAUUGUUCUUCUCGUAGGGGGUCCUAAUCCAAUGGAGGGCUCUAAUUCUGCUUUUUUUAGUUUGACCUUAGGGGCCAACCCAGGGUAGGGAGUUUUUCUGACUACCCGUUGGGGGUUCCUUCUAUCCGUUGACCCUUAAGGUUACCCAAUCAACGUAGGGGGGGGUUUUGAACCUGGGGGUGGCCCUUCCGGGGAGGGUUUUGGCCUGUUCUACUAAUGUUUUUGUUAAAAUGUAUUUAUUUUGAUUAUGUAGGGUUAAGGCUCGAACGUUUUGGGGUUUUCAAAAAACCCUGUAUGGGUUUACCUUUUUCUAAUUUAUUUUAUUCGAACUUUAGGAAAUUUUAAUUCUGAAAAAUGAUUACUUUGAAUUAUGUGAGGGGUUUGGCCCGGGGGUGCCCCUAAGGGGUUUAUUCGACCCAUGUAGGGGUAAAUUAAAUUUUGGGUCCGUUACUGGGGUUGUUCCCUUUUCGGAAAAAACUGUAUGUUGUCUCUGAAUCUACUGUAUGGGUUAGGGUCUCUGAAGUACUGUAUGGGUAGGGUCCUGAUCUACUGUAGGGGUUAGGUCUCGGGAAUCUACUGUAUGGGUUAGGGUCUCUAAUCUACUGUAUGGGUUAGGGUCUCUCUUUAAUCUACUGUAGGGGUUAGGGUCCCCAAUUACUGUAUGGGUUAGGGUCUCAAUCUACUGUAUGGUUAGGGUCUCUGAAUCUAUUUGUAUGGGUUAGGGUCUCUGAAUCUACUGUAGGGUUAGGGUCUCUAAAACUACUGUAUGGGUUAGGGUCCCCUUGAAUCUACUGUAUGGGUUGGGGUCUCUGGAUCUACUGUAUGGUUUAGGGUCUCUCGAAUCUACUGUAUGGGUUGGGUCUCUGAAUCUACUGUAUGGGUUAGGGUCUCUGAAUCUACUGUAUGGGUUAGGGUCCCCUGAAUCUCUGUAUGGGUUUAGGGUCUUCUGAAUCUCUGUAUGGGUUAGGGUCUCUGAAUCUCUGUAGGGGUUUAGGGUCUCUGAAUCUACUGUAUGGGUUAGGGUCUCUAAUCUACUGUUUUGGGUUAGGUUCUCUGAAUCUACUGUAUGGGUUAGGGUCUCUGAAUCUACUGUAUGGGUUAGGGUCCUUCUUGAAUCUCUUGGGGUUAGGGUCUCUGAAUGUACUGUAUGGGUUAGGGUCCUGAAUCUCUGUUGGGUUAGGGUCCUCUGAAUCUACUGUAUGGUUAGGGUCUCUGAAUUACUGAAAGGGUUAGGGUCUCUGAAUCUACUGUUAGGUUAGGGUCUCUGAAUUACUGUAUGGGUUUAGGGUCUCUGAAUCUACUGUAUGGGUUAGGGUCCUGUCUCUUAAUUCCUUGACUGUAUGGGUUAGGGUCUCUGAAUCUACUGUAUGGUUGGGGUUUCUUUGUCUCCUGAAUCUUACUGUAUGGUUUAGGGUCUCGGGAAUCUACUGUAUGGGUAGGGUCUCUGAAUCUACUGUAGGGUUUUAGGGUCUCUGUAUCUACUGUAUGGGUUGGGGUUCUGAAUUACUGUAUGGUUAGGGUCUCAAUCUACUUAUGGUUGGGUCUCUUGAAUCUACUGUAUGGGUUAGGGUCUCUGAAUUACUGUAGGGGUUAGGGUCUCUAAAACUACUGUUGGGUUAGGGUCCAUUUGAAUCUCGUAUGGGUUAGGGUCUUUGUCUUUGAAUCAAACUGUAUGGGUUAGGGCCCUUGUCUUGAAUCUACUGUAUGGGUUAGGGUCUCUGAAUCUACUGUAGGGUUAGGGUCUCUGAAUUACUGUAUGGGUUAGGGUCUCUGAAUCUCUGUAUGGGUUAGGGUCUCUGAAUCUCUGUAUGGGUUAGGGUCUCUGAAUCUACUGUAUGGGUUAGGGUCUUCUUAAUCUACUGUAUGGGUUAGGGUCUCGGGAAUCUACUGUAGGGGUUAGGGUCUUUUAAUCUAUGAAAUGGGUUAGGUCUCUGAAUCUACUGUAGGGGUUAGUGUCUCUGAACUACUGUAUGGGUUAGGGUCUCUGAAUCUACGUAGGGUUUUAGGGUUCUUUUAAAAUCUACUGUAUGGGUUAGGGUCCUAAUCUCUGUAUGGGUUAGGGUCCCCAAUCUCUGUAUGGGUUAGGGCCCUCUGAAUCUACUGUAGGGUUAAGGGUCUCUGAAUCUACUGUUGGGUUAGGGCCCUCUGAAUCUACUGUAGGGGUUUGGGUCUCUAAAUCUACUGUAUGGUUAGGGUCUCUGAAUUACUGUAUGGGUUAGGGUUCUGAAUCUACUGUAUGGUUAGGGUCUCUGAAUCUACUGUAUGGGUUAGGGUCUCUGAAUCUACUGUAUGGGUUAGGGGUCUCGGGAAUCUACUGUAUGGGUUAGGGUCUCUGAUCUGCUGUAUGUUUAGGGUCUCUGAAUCUACGUAUGGGUUAGGGUUCUGAAUCUACUGUAUGGGUUAGGGUCUCUGAAUCUACUGUAUGGGUUAGGGUCUCUAAAUCUACUGUAUGGGUUAGGGUCUCUGAACUACUGUAUGGGUUAGGUUUUUGAUCUCUGUAUGGGUUAGGGUCUCUGUCUUUAAAAUCUACUGUAUGGGUUUUAGGGUCUCUCUGAAUCUACGGUGGGGUUAGGGUCUCGGGAAAUCUACUGUAUGGGUUAGGGUCUCUCAAUCACUGUAUGGGUUAGGGUCUCAAUCUACUGUAUGGGUUAGGGUCUUUUCGAAUCUACUGUAUGGGUUAGGGUCUCUGAAUCUACUGUAUGGGUUAGGGCUCUGAACUACUGUAUGGGUUGGGUCCCCUGAAUCUCUGUAUGGGUUAGGGUCUCUGUCUCUUAAAUCUACUGUUUGGGUUAGGGUCUCUGGAAUCUACUGUAUGGGUUAGGGUCUCAAUCUACUUAUGGGUUAGGGUCUCAUCUACUGUAUGGUUAGGGUCUCUUUGAAUCUCUGUAGGGGUUGGGUCUCUGAAUCGCUGAAAUGGGUUAGGUCUCUGAAUCUACUGUAUGGGUUUAGGGUCUCUGUCAAAUCUACUGUAUGGGUUAGGGUCUUUUAAUCUACUGUAUGGGUUAGGUCUCUAAAACUACUGUAUGGGUUAGGUCCUCUGAAUCUACUGUAUGGUUAGGGUCUCUGAAUCUACUGUAUGGGUUAGGGUUCUUUUUGAAUCUACUGUAUGGGUUAGGGUCUCGGGAAUCUACUGUAUGGGUUAGGGUCUUCUCUGAAUUACUGUUGGUUUAGGGCCCUCGGGAUCUACUGUAGGGUUAGGGUCUCUGAUCUACUGUAUGGUUAGGUCUCUGAAUCUACUGUAUGGGUUAGGGUCUCUGUCUUUUAUCUACUGUAUGGGUUAGGGUUCUGCGGUCUCUGAAUCUACUGUAGGGUUAGGGUCUCUGAAUCUACUGUAUGGGUUAGGGUCUCUGAAUCUACUGUGUGGUUUAGGGUCUCUGAAUCUACUGUAUGGGUUAGGGUCUCUGAAUUACUGUAUGGGUUAGGGUCUCUGUCUCUCUCUCUCUGUAGGUUUGCACCAUGCCCCUGUCCAGACGGAGGGGGUGGGGGUGUUGAGCCCAAGGAGGGUGUGGAGGCAGCUUGGGAGUCAGUGGGGGCCACAGCCACAGCCACCAAACACCUCCAUGCCUACAUCGGGGUUUCCCUGGUCCUGGGUUCGUCUUCAUGCUGCUGGUCGACAGAUAGGAAGAGCCACGUACACAGCAGCGCUGACGGUCAGUCUGGGAACAGCAUGCGCGCACACACACACACACACACACACACACACACACACACACACACACACACACACACACACACACACACACACACACACACGGGGACACAGACACAGACGGGACAGGACAGACAGGACAGAAAUAACAGUCAGUGUGGGUGGAGCUCACCACUCUCAGGGCCUGUUUCCCGGACACAGAUGAAGCCUAGUAGUCCUGAACUAAGAUAUGUUCAGUGGAGAAUCACCAUUGAAAGUGCUUUUCAGCCCAGGGUUAGGCUUAAUCUGUCCGGGAAACCAGGCCCUCAAGGUUCUAACUUUUUUAAAGCAAUAUUUGUCCAUUGAGUGGUCUGUCUGAUUUGAUGUGUGUGUUUGUUUAGAUCCAGAAUCUGCGAGGGUUGCCAGUUCAAAGAUCACCACCACUUUGGGACUGGUGGUUCCACGCAGCAGGUAAGAUGGCUUCAUUAUACAGUGUUUCAGACCGAGAUGUUUUAGGAAGAAGAGUGUGUGGAAGGCUAUGAAGGCUUGUUGGUGUUUUUUUUUUUUUUUGUUGGUACGAUUUGAUAAAUGUUAUUUUAAACAAUACAAUACUCUACAUUCCAGCGGACGGAGUGGCUCUCGGAGCAGCUGCUUCCACCUCUCAGACCAGUGUUCAGCUCAUUGUCUUUGUGGCCAUCAUGCUUCACAAGGUACAAUGACAACCCCGUUCAUCUUAUCGCGCUCCAUGUUUUGUUUCAACACGUUUGUAGCGGAUGUCACUGUGUUGGUUAACAGAAUAGCUUCCUUCCUUUUUAAAAAAAACAUUUUUAGUCAUUUAGCAGACGCUCUUAUCCAGAGCGACUUACAGUUAGUGAGUGCAUACAUUAUUAUUUUUUCAUACUGGCCCCCCGUGGGAAUCGAACCCACAACCCUGGCGUUGCAAACGCCAUGCUCUACCAAUUGAGGUACAUCCCCUGCCGGCCAUUCCCCUCCCCUACCCUGGAUGACGCUGGGCCAAUUGUGCGCCGCCCCAUGGGUCUCCAGUUCGCGGCCGGCUACUACAGAGCCUGGAUUCGGACCAGGAUCUCUAGUGGCACAGCUAGCACUGCGAUGCAGCGCCUUAGACCACUGCGCCACUCGGGAGGUUUACUGUUGGUUAACAGAAUAGCUUCCUUCCUCACUAGCCCACACUAUAACAACCUUUUAAAUUCACUAACAAUAUGAACAACACAAAACAGAUAAAGGAACAACUAUGAGGUAACAAUUAAAAAGUAACCAAUCAAUGCUAUUAUAAAGUGUGGGGGGGAGGACUCCCCCCCCCCCCCGUCUAGUAUGUAUACACAGGUGUUAGUUCAGUUGUAAUUCCUGUAAUUGGUCUGUAUGUUAAACUGUCUCUCUUUCUCCCCCCAGGCCCCAGCUGUGUGUUUUAAACACUGUCUCUCUCUUUCUCCCCAGGCCCCAGCAGCCUUUGGCCUGGUCUCUUUCCUGAUGCAUGCUGGUCUGGAGAGGAACCGGAUCCGUAAACACCUGCUGGUCUUCGCCCUGGCAGCACCCGUCCUCGCCAUGGUUACCUUCGUAGGACUCAGCCAGGUCAGUUGGGGGAGGGGGGGGGUCCCAUGAGCCCAGAAUGCUACUCAAUCCUCCCACUACUCCUCUCCCCAGCCCGUAGAAUGAAAUAAUGCCCUGAGAUAACAUGCUCCAUUUUAAAGUAGUCAACUGAGUGGAACACAGGUUUCCAUCCAAAUGAAACUCCCCUGUUUCUCCCUCCCUACAGUCCAGUAAAGAGGCGCUGUCAGAUGUGAAUGCCACGGGCGUGGCCAUGUUGUUCUCCGCCGGGACCUUCCUGUACGUCGCCACGGUACAUGUCCUUCCCGAGGUGGGCGGGACCGGACACAGCCACGCCCCCGCUCCGGGGAAGGAAGCAGCGAAGGGACUGAGCAAGGUGGAAGUUGGAACCUUGCUUUUGGGUUGUCUGAUACCACUGGUACUGUCUGUUGGACACCAGCAC